UGGAUUGUGGCAGUAAAUCGGGCGAGUGGGGAACCGGGCUCAGGAACUGCCGUCGCGGCCGCGAGUGGUGCUGCCGGGACGGGGGCCCCUGGGGGUCAGUGGGGCGGAGGACUCAGGAGCUGACAGCGCGCACUUCACCCGCUGUUGCAACAGCGAAGAUAGCUCGUUGAGCUGGAACCCCAGAGAUCACCAAUAAAAAUGAAGGCGGCAGAUGAGCCUGCCUACCUGACAGUGGGAACUGAUGUCAGUGCCAAGUACCGAGGUGCCUUCUGUGAGGCCAAGAUUAAGACUGUGAAAAGGCUGGUGAAAGUUAAGGUACUCCUAAAACAGGAUAAUACUACACAACUGGUGCAAGAUGACCAAGUAAAGGGUCCUUUAAGGGUUGGGGCUAUUGUUGAAACAAGGACAUCUGAUGGAUCUUUUCAGGAAGCUAUUAUCAGCAAGUUGACAGAUGCUAGUUGGUAUACCGUGGUGUUUGAUGAUGGUGAUGAGAGAACACUGAGACGUACCUCGCUUUGCCUGAAAGGGGAGAGACAUUUUGCAGAGAGUGAGACACUUGACCAGCUUCCAUUAACAAAUCCAGAGCAUUUUGGAACUCCAGUCAUUGCAAAGAAGACAAACAGAGGAAGGAGGUCUUCUCUUCCUGUUACCGAAGAUGAAAAGGAAGAAGAAAGUAGUGAAGAGGAAGAUGAAGACAAGCGACGCCUCAAUGAUGAAUUAUUAGGAAAAGUUGUAAGUGUGGUAUCUACAACUGAGAGGAAUGAAUGUUAUCCUGCUUUGGUGGUAUCUCCCAGCUGUAAUGAUGAUGUCACAGUGAAAAAGGAUCAGUGUUUAGUUCGGUCAUUUAUAGAUUCUAAAUUUUACUCUAUAGCAAGGAAGGACAUUAAGGAAGUAGACAUUCUUAAUCUACCAGAAGCUGAGCUCUCCACUAAACCAGGGCUUCAGAAAGCAAGUAUCUUCUUAAGAACUAGAGUCGUUCCUGAUAAUUGGAAAAUGGAUAUAAGUGAAAUCCUUGAAUCAUCUAGUAGUGAUGAUGAAGGUGGCCCGACUGAAGAAAAUGAUGAAGAGAAGGAAAAGGAGGCCAAAAAGGCAGAAGAAGAGGUGCCGGAGGAAGAACUUGAUCCUGAAGAGAGGGACAACUUCCUCCAACAGCUUUAUAAGUUUAUGGAAGACAGAGGUACCCCAAUCAACAAACCACCUGUUUUGGGCUAUAAAGAUCUCAAUCUCUUCAAACUCUUCAGACUGGUUUAUCAUCAGGGCGGAUGUGACAAUAUUGAUAGUGGUGCUGUAUGGAAGCAAAUUUAUAUGGACCUUGGCAUUCCUAUUUUGAAUUCAGCUGCUUCCUACAAUGUAAAAACUGCUUAUAGAAAGUAUCUCUAUGGUUUUGAAGAGUACUGCCGUUCUGCAAAUAUUCAAUUCAGAACUAUUCACCACCAUGAACCAAAAGUAAAAGAGGAAAAAAAAGACUUAGAAGAAUCAAUGGAAGAGGCCCUAAAAGCAGAUCAAGAAAUGCCUUUAAUAGAAGUGAAGAGUGAACCUGAGGAAAAUAUUGAUUCAAACAGUGAAAGUGAAAGAGAAGAGAUAGAAUUAAAAUCUCCGAGGGGACGAAGGAGAAUCGCUCGAGAUGCAAAUUCUAUUAAAAAGGAAAUUGAAGAAGAGAAAAUAGAAGACAAAUUAAAAGAUAAUGAUACAGAAAAUAAGGAUGUAGACGAUGACUAUGAAACUGCAGAGAAAAAAGAAAAUGAGCUACUACUGGGGAAAAAAAAUACACCAAAGCAAAAAGAGAAGAAAAUUAAAAAGCAGGAGGAUUCUGACAAAGACUCAGAUGAAGAGGAAGAGAAAAACCAAGAGAGGGAAGAAACUGAAAGCAAAUGUGACUCUGAAGGGGAGGAAGAUGAGGAAGACAUGGAACCCUGCCUAACAGGAACCAAAGUGAAAGUAAAAUAUGGACGAGGAAAAACGCAGAAAAUUUAUGAAGCUAGUAUUAAAAGCACUGAAAUUGAUGAUGGAGAAGUUUUGUACUUGGUACAUUACUAUGGAUGGAAUGUCAGGUAUGAUGAAUGGGUGAAAGCUGACAGGAUAAUCUGGCCUUUGGACAAAGGUGGACCAAAGAAAAAACAGAAGAAAAAAGCUAAAAAUAAAGAAGAUAGCGAAAAGGAUGAAAAGAGGGAUGAGGAGAGGCAGAAGUCAAAGCGGGGACGACCUCCUUUAAAAUCGACCCUUUCAUCAAACAUGCCAUAUGGUUUAUCGAAAACGGCAAACAGUGAAGGAAAAUCAGACUCUUGUUCAUCUGAUAGUGAAACUGAAGACCCUUUAGAAAAGAAUUUGAUAAAUGAAGAACUUUCCCCUGAUAUUAAGGAAGAACUGGACAAAAAUGAAAAUUUAAGUGAUGAUAAACUAGAUGAAGAAAAUCCAAAGAUUGCUGCACAUAUGUUAAAAGAAAACGAUAGGACUCAAUUGCAGCCUUUAGAAACCCUGAAGUUAGAAGUUGGAGAAAAUGAACAAAUAGUACAGAUUUUUGGAAACAAAGUGGAACAAGUAGAAGAAGUUAAGAAAGAGGCAGAAAAAUCUCCUAAAGGAAAAGGAAGACGAAGCAAGACAAAAGAUCUUUCUUUAGAAAUUAUAAAGAUUUCAUCAUUUAGCCAGAGUGAAGCAGGAAGUGAACCUCACAUAGAAGCUCAUAGUCUUGAAUUUUCUUCAUUAGACAAUAAAAACUUUUCUUCUGCUACUGAAGAUGAAAUUGAUCAAUGUACAAAAGAAAAAAAAUUGAAACGGAAAAUAUUAGGACAAUCAUCACCAGAGAAAAAAAUAAGAAUUGAGAAUGGAAUGGAAAUGACAAAUAAUGUAUCUCAAGAAAGGACCAGUGAUUGCAUUGUAUCUGAAGGAACAAAAAACUUAAAUUUUGAACAGCACUUUGAACCAGAAAAUGAGGGAAUGCCAUCAUUGGUAGCAGAGUCAAACCAAUGCCUUCAACAAUUGACUAGUGAAAAAUUUGAUAGUCCAGCUGAAGAAACUGUAAAUACUCCACUAAAAGAAGAAGAGGAUGCCAUGCCUCUGAUUGGGCCUGAAACCUUAGUUUGCCAUGAAGUAGAUUUGGAUGAUUUGGAUGAAAAGGAUAAGACCAGUAUUGAAGAUGUAGUAGUUGAAAGCUCUGAGUCUAACUCUCUUGUUUCUGUUCCACCUGCCCUACCUCCUGUAGUCCAGCAUAACUUUUCAGUAGCUUCACCACUUACUCUCAGUCAAGAUGAGUCUCGAAGUGUAAAAAGUGAGAGUGACAUAACUAUUGAAGUUGAUAGUAUUGCUGAAGAAUCUCAAGAAGGUCCCUGCGAGAGGGAAUCAGCAAAUGGCUUUGAAGCCAGUGUUGCUGCUGGUAACUGUAGCAUAAUUGUACAAGAACGAGAGAGCAGAGAAAAGGGUCAGAAAAGGCCAAGUGAUGGAAAUGGCGGAUUAUUGGCAAAAAAGCAAAAGCGUACCCCAAAGCGAACGAGUGCUGCAGCCAAAAAUGAAAAGAAUGGAACAGGACAAAGCAGUGAUAGUGAAGAUCUUCCCGUCCUAGACAAUUCAAGUAAAUGUACCCCAGUAAAGCAUCUUAGUGUAUCUAAGCCUCAGAAACUUGCACGAUCUCCUGCAAGAAUAUCCCCUCACAUCAAAGACGGAGAGAAAGAUAAACACAGAGAAAAACAUCCAAAUUCUUCCCCUAGGACAUAUAAAUGGAGCUUUCAACUCAAUGAAUUAGAUAAUAUGAACAGUACAGAGAGAAUCUCAUUUCUUCAAGAAAAACUACAGGAGAUCAGAAAAUAUUACAUGUCUUUGAAGUCUGAAGUUGCAACCAUAGACAGGAGGAGAAAAAGAUUAAAAAAGAAAGACAGAGAAGUGUCUCAUGCGGGAGCCUCCAUGUCAUCUGCUUCAUCGGACACUGGAAUGAGUCCUUCAUCAUCAUCUCCCCCACAAAAUGUACUUGCUGUAGAAUGCAGGUGAUAAACAUUUUCUCUGCCUUCCCAGCAGUUUGCUGCCAUGGACAUAAAUCCCAAAACCCUAAAAUACAACCACAGAAAGCACUCAACUGGUUUGACAUUGCUAAGUAUAUCCUGUAUACUUUUCCAGGCUGGAUUGUAUCUAUUCCCUUCUCUCUUCUUUUUUCUUGUUGCAAAAAAUAAGCUGAUUAAUAAGUGAAGGUGAGGCAGCCUGCCAUAUUUGUCAUAAUUUUUCCUCUUCUUUUUUCUUUUUUUGUGAUAUAGAAAAAAGGGCACUUAGCAAAUUUGAAUUUGUAUAAUAAAGCUUUCAGGGGUUAUAGGAAUCAUAGACAAGCAAGUGCACAUGAUAAACAUCAAAAUAUUAUCCAGCUGAAUAGUUACUGCUGCACUUUCACUAAGAUGUAUUUGAACACCUUGGUGAGUAGGGGGUUUAUGUUGUGUUUUUUUUUUAAUUGUUGUUGUUUUUUUAUUUUUGUGGAAGCACUUGCUAUUUAGAACUGCCAAAGUAUAUGUUCAGCAGUGUGCCCAGGUUUAAAGGUGUAAAUGGGACAAAAUAAAUUGUGAAAGGAAGUGUAGUUGACUGAAAACUACAGUUGUAAUAAGUCUUCCACUUUUUAUAGGAUUUUUGAGCACACAAUUAUGCAAAUAUUUUAAUGUUAUUAAUGUUUACAGUGGAAUUGUGAAUAAGUUUUCAGUGGACUAUCUUAUCCCUUGACAAAAAUAUUUUGUCUUUUUUCUAUGUAAUUUCAGAGUUUUUAUUUUGUUACAAAAAGACAAAAAUGAAAUAUAUAACAACAAUGAAGUUAUUUAACAAGAUUUCUAAAGCUGAAAAUUUUGUGUAAAAUAAGGUAUUAUCUUGCAACUUGUUAAAUAUAUUUAUUCAGACAUUGGAUGUUGUAUUUUUAUGUAUUUUUUAAAAUAUUAAUAAAAUUGAAAAAAAGAAAAUUCUAGGUUAAUUCACUCUUUGGAUGAUAAUAGCUCUCAGCUGUCCCUUUUACAGGAGGUUGCAUCCAGCAGCCUUGCUUGUAUUGAAGGGGGUCUGUCUCAGUCCUUCAGACAGUAUACAGAUCUAUAAAUGGGCAUCUGGAUCAUUAAAGUACGUCCUUGUUUAGAAACUUUGGCAGUCCUAGUAUUUAAACUGUUUUAAGGAUCAAAUUUUUGGUUGCCCUUAAGAUACUUUGUCACAGUUUUUAUGUUUGCUAUACUGCCGAAUAAAUUUAUAUCUCCCAAAGUUGAGAUGCAACAACUAAGUAAAGCAACUAUGUAUGCUUUGUCUGUGAAUUGUUCCACAGACUGAUACAUUUUGUAAAUAAUUCUUCAAAAAUCAUGUAUUUAAAGCAGUUUUGCAUAUAUACAUUCUGUAAAAAGGUGAUUUUUUAAAAAGCAAUUUUUAAAUCCAUGUUUGUACAUUGAAAGGGGUUUUUUUAAACCUCCUUUUCUGUGUUUAAUAUGCUGUAGAGUAAUAACCUAGAUGCUCUGUAUAUCAGGAUCUGAUUUACAAGAACAAAGUCAGAGCUAAACACUAGUGAUGGCAUAGCGUUACUGAAAUCAUUGUUUCUUAAUUUCAUUUUACCACAUUGUGAACUUGUGAUUCAGAUUCCUUCCAUUUUCUCAGAGAAUUAAAAACAAAAACGUACUCUUGUAAAAUGCACUUUUUUGUCUUUUCUUUGCAAAGCAGAAGUAUUUCAAUGUAAAACAAAAGUGGAGCUCAGCGGGCAGUAUUAAUAAAGGCCAUGUUUUAAACAUA